UCCGACCCACCAAUCAACUUCUGGCAUGGGCGCGCGCGAGGGAGCAUGGCGCAGCUGAAGGGUAGGCUACGCGAGUGACCUCCGCCAUGCCUGCCAUGGCAGCUCCCGUCCUGCUCUCCCCCUCGCAUCACUGCCACUGCGCUACCACGGCUACGAGGAGAAGCGGAGCGCUGCUCUCGCGCUGCCGCCCUGCAGCUCCGCGGUUCCGCAGCCGGCGGCGGCCGCGGGGCGCCGUGCUGGUGGCGAGAGCGUCGGCAGGCCCAGGGACUCCCGAGCAAAGCUUGGCUCGGUACGAGACGCUGGGCGACGCCAAAGCUGCGCUGUACCAGGCUCUGGAAGGUAUCGACAGGGGAAUAUUUGGCGUAACCUCAGCCAAGAGGUCGGAGAUUCAUGGUCUGGUGGAGCUCCUGGAGUCCCGGAAUCCCACGCCGGAUCCCACCGACAAACUCCAGGACAAGGUGGACGGAUGCUGGAAGCUCAUCUACAGCACGAUCUCCAUACUGGGGAAGAGGAGAACCAAGUUAGGCCUGCGAGAUUUCAUCAGCCUAGGGGAUUUCUUCCAGAUAAUUGAUGCCAAAGAGGAAAAGGCGGUGAAUGUCGUAAAGUUCAGCGCAAGAGCAUUGAAGAUUUUUUCGGGCCAACUUGCUAUUGAAGCAUCUUACAAUGUCACUACAAAAACGAGAGUGGGUAUCAAGCUUGAGAGUUCAACAAUCACCCCAGAUCAGCUGAUGAAUAUCUUCCAAAAGAACUAUGACAUGCUCCUUGCUAUAUUCAACCCGGAAGGUUGGCUCGAGAUAACAUACGUUGAUGAAUCUCUACGGAUUGGCAGAGAUGACAAGGCAAACAUCUUUGUGCUGGAGAAGACAGACCCAGCCGAAGUCUGAGACUAUUUAUGAAGGAAACUAUGCAAAUAUUCAUAUAUUUUUCUGACAAAGAGUGCAUCGACACUCCGAGAAGAUGUUGCCUUCACUGCUUCACGUAUCCUGGGGCACAGAUGAUUGUUUACGGCUCAGUGCAGAUCAACGACUCAAUUACUCAUUAUUUUCUCUUUGAAGAGGACAAACAACAUUCUUUUCUACGGCCACAGAAGCAUUUCCCAUUGGGGAUUUUUAUUUGCAGUUGUGCAGUGUCAUGUAAUUAUGUAACUAAGAAAGUUCAAUUACAUAGAGAAUCUGCCAAUCUUAGGGAGCAACGAACUGCAGUUGAAUUUUGAAAUACAUCAUUGUUCAAGUA